AUGAUUGAAGAAGAAAAGUUGGAAGCAGAAAUGGUCGAGAGAAUUGAUGCAAUUGAAGUGAGAAUGGGAGGAUUGGAGGAAGCUGUCAAAUCCUUUAAGUUGGAGUUUCGUCAAUUGUUGAGGACAAAGAUGCCGAAGCAUUUGGGGCAUAUUCCUGUAAAGAAUCUUAGCUCUGGUUGGAGUGUGUUUCCGAUAACAAAUGCUAUGAAAGAGCACUGUGUAGCAGAGUUCCAAACAGAUGUGAAGUCGGAAGCAGCGGAGAAGAAGGAAAUAAGUGUGGCGAACAUAUAUGUGAUCCUUGCAGCUGAGCCUGAGAAGCCAGAGAAGAAAAUGAAGGAUAGGGAGUUUAAGGGUCAAUUGGAGGAGACCUUCUCUCAGGCAAGUGAAGGAUCAAGCACAGUCAACGGCGGCAAUCCUCCAUGUGUACCUCAAGAAAAAAAUCAGCGAAAGAAUUUGAGGCGUGCAUCGAAUCGGAGAAGUUAG